AUGCAAAUGACAUCGGUGGUCACCAGGACGAAGAGAAGAAGGGUAACAGAGGAGACAGAGAAGGGGAUAAAGGCGGUGAAGAGAGAGAGCACACCGGAGGAGGAGAUGAGGCGAUCUGGAAGAGCGUUUGGGAGGACUCAGAAGGGAAGGGGAUCUUCAGCUUGCCGCCACCCUCGCCGCCUCUCCUCACCCCUCUCUUGGUUUCCCCAACUCUUGGAAGUAACGAAUCCCAAGAGAACAGAAGCGGUUGGUCAGUCAUCAUCUGGUGAAACAUGUUCAAAAGGAGAUGAGGUUGGUGAUGAUGAUGAUGAGGAUGAUGAUGAUGAUGAUGAUGAUGAUGAUGAUGAGUGGGAAGAGAAUGAGGAGGAAAAUGCUGAUGAUCAUGAUGGUGGGGAGGAGAAGGAAAAAGAUGAUGAGGAGAAGAGUAAGUCACCGGAGUCAAAAAGUUCAUCUGAUGAUGAUUAUGAUAGUGAUGACGACAAUGAUAAGAGCAUGCCAACUGAGAUAAAAGAUGCAUAUGAUGGUGAUGAUGGUGAUGGUGAUGAGAGAGUGUCAUCUGAAACAAAAGAUGUAGGUGAAGGUGAUGAUGCUGCCGACAGUAAUGAUAGUGUACCGGCUGAACUAAAUGGUUCAUUAAAUGGUUCUCAUGCCAAUGAUAGUGGUGGUAAUGAAGCGCCUGCUGAGACAACAGAUGAUUCUGAUCAAGCGAGUGUUACUGAAAUUGUUGAUUUACCUGCUGGCAGUGACAUGGAUAAGAAUGCAAUUCUUGAGAUGAAAGAUGAACUUGGUGGCAGUGUGUUACCUGCUGUCAAUGAUAUGGAUGAGAAUCCAGUUCUGCAGAUGAUCGAAGAAAUUGGUGGCAAUGAGUUACCUGCUGUCAAUAACAUGGAUGAGAAUGCAGUUCUUCAGAUGAUACAUAAACCUGGUGGCAAUGAGCCUGCUGAGAUAAAUAAUGCAGUUGAUGAUGACAACAAUAAUGGAAAUAUGAUCAGUAUGUGGCCGCUGAGAUAG